AUGGACACCAAAGAGGGCGACACGGCGAAUGCUACUCAGUGUGCGGGCAAUAAGCGUCAGGCUGCGCAAGAGGUGCAAGCGACCGCCAAGAAGGGAGCGGGCCGUCAUGAUCACGAGGGCAGGAUGAACGCCAUUCCGAAUUUCCAACAGUACCUCGACGGCUUGGCACAAAUUGGCACUUGUGCGGGCGCACUCGACAUAUUGGCGUUCGCAAACCUUGAGGACAAACGUAUUCGGGUGCAUCAUGACGAUGGGCGCGUCUUUGACUGUCAUGAAAUGGGCAAAGGGGAUGCGCAGGGUUUUUACUUUUACAGCACGGGCCACUACGAGAUCUACGACGACAUCGAUGAGUUGGAAUGGAGCGGUGCGUGUGGUGUCUCGGAGUUCGACAGCAGUCACGGUCAUGCUACAAAUUCGACGUCUAAGCUUGCUGCUGCUGCUGUCUGCGGCCUGUCGGAGUUCGCCAGUAGUGCCAACCGCGCUGAGAGCUGCAAGUACGUGAAGGAAGCACAGCAACAGGUUCUUAUGGACUUUGCUUCCGCCAGCAGCAUCGGCCACGACAAGAAUGUCAAGUCCAGGCGGGGUGUCAAGCGACCAGCUCCUAGUACCACCGGCACUACGGCUCGCGGGACAGAGGCUGCGGAGACGGAUCCACGUCUUUCUUCGAUCAUUGACCGUUGGUUGGAAGUGCAGAAUGCUCAGGCGGUGGAGCGUCAACCACCUGUCGUCCUGCGCCUCUCCACGAGGUGCGCAACUUGGGCAUCAAUGGCCAUGCAACAUCUGUCGGUUUAUAUCGGUCGCGGAGACGUCCCACAAGCUCACUAUCACAAGGGAAAACCACAUCCUAUGUCGCCAUCAAGAUGUCCCACGAGACCAGAUUGCGACCAUCCGCAAGAUGGCUUUGCCUGGAGAUUGCCGGCAAAAGGUAUUCCAUUCGACGUGGAGGGCAGUGACAGUCUGGCGUGUGACUCACUCGCAAGCGCGUUUCUUUAUGUUCCAACGCUCCUGAAGGGGCAACGAUGCGGCAGAACAAAAAGCAUUUUCGCAAGAAGCAGGGCACGCGCGUGA